AUGGAUAAAUUUCCAUUAAAGGGAAGCAGAGAGGCUGCAGCGGAAGGCAACAACUACAUAACCGCAUAUCAGACAGUCAUGAAAAAGUCGAACGGACACACGUCAGGCGCUGGCGAUGGCGAUCAUCCAUUAGCGCCGCAUACAAAGCACACUUAUUCAGCUGCAGCCACCACGUCGCUCACAGCGGCCACAGACGACGAGGAUAUGAUUGAUAUAACGCCACACUCUAGUCCAGGCGAGCUUAUCAGUGGCGUAGGCAGUGCUUAUCAUCGCGAGACAGCCACCGAGUCAGAUACAGAGCGAGACUUUGCUCCCAGUCAGCGUGGCUUGCACCACCAUCAUCACCAUCAUUCGCAGCAGCAUCAGCAUGUGCCAACACAUAGCGCAUUUGGCGAUCCAAUGGAGGGAGCACUCUCGUUCUACGGCUCCUCUGAUGUGCAGGAUGAUAUACCCGGCAUUGGGCAGUAUGAAGAUUUCCAUACCAUUGACUGGCAGCGGGAUAUAGCACGUGAUCGCAUGCGACAUCGUUAUAUAGUCAAAAAACGCCAGGACUCCUUAUGGGAUUUUAUAAAGGGCUCUAUUGAUGCCGGCUCGGGAUGGUUGUGUGUGCUUCUGGUGGGCAUUGCAGCGGGCUGUGUGGCAGGUGUAGUGGAUAUUGGCGCCAGCUGGAUGUCGGAUCUUAAGCAUGGCAUUUGUCCGCCUGCUUUUUGGUUUAAUCGUGAGCAAUGUUGCUACCCAGCCAAGCAAUCUGUCUUUGACGAGGGCAACUGCUCGACGUGGAAAACCUGGCCAGAGAUCUUUGGACUCAGUCGCAGCGGCCCGGGUGCUUAUAUUAUCGCUUACAUCUGGUAUAUUUUGUGGGCGCUUAUGUUUGCCUCGCUCAGUGCUCUGCUGGUUAAGAUGUUUGCUCCUUAUGCCUGCGGCUCGGGUAUACCAGAGAUAAAGACCAUAUUGUCUGGUUUUAUUAUACGUGGCUAUUUGGGCAAGUGGACGCUGCUAAUCAAGUCAGUGGGCUUGAUGCUGUCUGUGUCGGCGGGCCUAACACUGGGCAAGGAAGGGCCUAUGGUGCAUAUUGCCAGCUGCAUAGGCAACAUAUUCUCGCAUCUGUUUCCCAAAUAUGGCAGAAAUGAGGCUAAAAAGCGUGAAAUAUUAUCUGCGGCCUCAGCAGCAGGUGUCUCUGUGGCUUUCGGGGCACCCAUAGGCGGUGUACUAUUCUCGCUGGAGGAGGUAUCCUAUUACUUUCCAUUGAAAACAUUGUGGCGAUCGUUUUUCUGUGCGCUAAUUGCAGCUUUCGUAUUGCGUUCGUUGACCCCAUUCGGCAAUGAGCACUCGGUGCUUUUCUUUGUGGAAUAUAACAAGCCCUGGAUCUUCUAUGAGCUGAUUCCAUUUGUCUUUCUGGGCAUUAUGGGGGGCGCCAUUGGCACAUUCUUCAUCAAGGCCAAUCUUUGGUGGUGCCGUUUUAGAAAAUUCAGCAAGCUGGGUCAAUAUCCCGUUGCCGAGGUAUUGUUUGUAACGCUUGUAACGGGCAUCAUUUGUUAUCCGAAUCCCUUUACACGCAUGAAUAUGAAUGAGCUCAUAUUUUUGCUGGUGAGCAAAUGCUCGCCCGGCGACUCUACAAAUCCCUUGUGCGACUACAAACGCAUGAACAUUAGCUCUGGCGGCAGUUUUAUUGAGGUUACAGAGCCAGGACCUGGCGUCUACAGCUCCAUUUGGCUGCUGCUGCUGACGUUUAUACUCAAGCUAGCGCUGACCAUCUUUACAUUUGGCAUUAAGGUGCCCUCGGGUCUGUUUAUACCCUCACUGCUAUUAGGCGCCAUUAUGGGACGCAUUGUGGGCAUUGGCGUAGAACAGAUUGCCUACAGUUAUCCCAACAUAUGGUUCUUUACGGGCGAAUGCACGGACAGCAAUCUAAUUACUCCGGGCUUGUAUGCUGUAGUGGGAGCUGCGGCCGUAUUGGGUGGCGUCACACGCAUGACAGUUUCGCUGGUGGUCAUCAUGUUUGAGUUGACGGGUGGCGUGCGUUAUAUUGUGCCAUUAAUGGCAGCGGCCAUGGCCUCCAAGUGGGUGGGCGAUGCGCUGGGCCGUCAGGGCAUUUACGAUGCGCAUAUAGCACUAAAUGGUUAUCCAUUCCUGGACAGCAAGGAAGAGUUUGCGCAUACAACACUGGCGGCAGAUGUGAUGCAGCCAAAGCGCAAUGAAACCUUAAAUGUUAUUACACAAGACUCCAUGACAGUGGAUGAUGUGGAGAAUCUGCUUAAGGAAACGGAGCAUAAUGGUUAUCCGGUGGUAGUGUCCAGAGAAAAUCAAUAUUUGGUAGGCUUUGUGCUACGUCGGGAUCUAAACUUGGCUAUAGGCAAUGCUAAGCGCUUAAUUGAGGGCAUUAACAGCAAUUCCAUAGUAUUAUUCACCUCAACUACGCCUACGCAAAAUCUUGGACCGUCGCCACUAAAGCUUAAGAAAAUACUUGACAUGGCGCCCAUUACAGUGACAGAUCAAACGCCUAUGGAAACUGUUGUGGACAUGUUCCGCAAGCUGGGACUGCGUCAAACGCUAGUCACACACAAUGGUCGCUUACUGGGCGUGAUAACCAAAAAGGAUGUGCUGCGGCAUGUAAAACAAAUGGAUAAUGAAGAUCCCAAUACGGUGCUCUUCAAUUAAGUUGAAUUUAUUAGCCAAUCAGCAGCUGGGGCUAGCUACCUAGCAAUUAUUAUUACUAUUACUAUUAUUAUCAACAAAUUUGAUCUAAAUGCAUAAGUGUAAAGUUGAGCCUAGGAGUAUGAAGUCGCUAGACAAAGAAAUGUGCGGUAAUUCGAGCGUGAAAGUUUUAUAGACAAAAAUUGUGUGCAGUUCUACUAUUAAUAUACAUAUAUGUACAUUAAUCAUAUAUAUAUGUAUGUAUGUAUGUACAACUCUCG